AUGGCAGAUGCUUCAGAGACUUCAGACACUUCAAACACCUUUACCCUUCAAGGGGUCGGGGCCAGUAGUGUCCCUGGAUCCAUGCCAGCCCAAGAAGACAGGUACACUAUACUUCUACCUGAUGAGUUCUCGGGGCACACGGACAGCCUGGCCUUCUUUGCCAUCUACGACGGACAGUACGGGAAUCACAUCACACCUCUGGCAAGUGGCGAGUUGAGACAGGGAAACUAUGAAUCGGCCAUCGAACGAGCAAUACAAGCCGAGGAGGAGGAGCUUCUACAAGGGUUUUGGGCUGGCGAGGAAUUAUUCGCCGUCGCCGGAUCGACUGCCGCCCUCGUCGUGGUGAACCUAACCAGGGGAAUCCUGGUGGUCGCCAAUCUGGGAGAUUCGCACGUUUUGCUGGGAGAGGCCGACGGGGAAGAUCACACCUCCCUGAAAGUCGUAUGUAGAAGUCGCAAGCCUGUUUUCAUUAUACCAGCGCCCUCUAACUGUUAUGAAGGAGCGAAUAACCACAUCCCACAAGGCCGGAACAUGCUGGGGAGAGGCAUCGCAUUGAGUCCGCCGGGGGAACCCUCAACACCGAUGGCGGUGUGCCACGAGUUGUAUAAGUCGCCGCUAAAGGAUAUCGGGGAGCAGUCCCUAUCCAGCGGUCAGGAGAAGGCAGGCAUCGAACCAACAAAGAAGGGGGAUUUGGUGUCCAGUUACCCUUCUUUGAAACGAUAUCCGCUGCAGUCGGAUCGUCGGUACUUCUUGGCGCUGAUCACAGACGGGGUAACCAAUACAAUGGAUGACGAAACCAUCAUGCAUCAGAUCGCGCGGAGCAAGCAAGAUGGAAUGGAUGCAGACAAGGUGGCCGCUAAGAUCACCGAGAAGGCUUCAGGAGUACCCGACAGUGACAAUGCCACCUGCGUCACUGUGUUCCUGGAUGGGCACAAUAUACGAAAACAAGAGUAG